GUGGGCUGGGCAGGCCUGUGGGGUUUUUUUAUUUUUUUCCCUUCUUCUUCUUCAUUACAUGUAUGCCCGGAAGUUGAAGUUGUGCUGCAGGUCGACUGUCUUAACAGCCCGGUUUAGUCUUUCUCUUUUAAUGCAGUUUAGCGGUUACCUUUGUUUAAAAACUUUCCGUAACUUAAAAUGUCAGAUUCUUCUUUUUGUUUGCCUUUGAGGAGCCGAAGUUCUGUUUUCUGUGGACUGCACCAAGCUGAGGGACUACUUUUUACCAGCAGACGGAGCGUUUUCCUGUAUUUAUUUCAACUUCCCUCACUGUGGAAGGAAAGCUGGGGUGAUGAAGAACAGAGCGCUGCUUGCCCAGUUUUUCUCUAGCUGUGCAGAAGUGCUGGCAGAGAAAGGUGAGGUCCAUGUGGCGCUUUGCAACGGGCAGGGUGGGACACCCGCUGAUCGGCCAAGGAGAGCAUGGCACAACAGCUGGCAAAUAGUGGCAAUGGCGGCAGGAGCCAGAUUUAUCUUGAGCGAUGUUCAUCCCUUCAACGCAGAGAAUAUCCAUGGAUAUAAAUGUACUGGAUACAGGAGUCAAGAUAAAUCCUUCAGUAUAGAAGGUGCUUUAAACCACGUUUUCACACGAAGCACGCCACUUCCACCUCUCAAACCUAUGAUCUGCCAGAUGGAACUGGGAAGCAGAAGAGUUUCUUUUCAAGUGCCACAGGUACUUGUGGAUAAAAUUAACAGGGGUUUCCUAGAACUAAACUCAGAUCAUCCAGUAAGAACAGUCAAGGAGAAGCUCACUGCAGUGCUCAGGCAAGCCUUUCCGAUACAAAGCAUUGACUGCUCCCUUCCUCUCCUCCACCAAGGUCACAUCAGUGGUGUUUGUCACUCAAAUGUCUUUUGGAUAGUUCCCAGCCCAGAGGAGAAUGCAUGCACUGAGCAAAUGGCUAAUGGACCGGCAAAUGCAGUGUUAUUUUCCCACGCUGAUUUUUGCAAGGACACAGAUGAGAAUGGCUGGAUGAAGGUACAAGAGGGCAACCUCAUUUCAGAACAGAUUUGUCUUAGACCUUCCCUGCUGCUCUACGUUCAGACGCUAAUAGAAAGAGCAACCUUUCUGCCUGGGACUCUUUAUGUUCUUUCUGGGCCUGUUUUCAGGAAGUGUCCCAUCUCUCCUCACUCUCUGCCUGUUUUUCACGAGGCAGUGUUUUUAUGUGCAGUUGACAAGGGUAUGGAGAACAGCUGUAUCCAGAUGUUGGCGGAUACCAUUAGGAGCGGCAUACAUUCCCUUCACCAGACUGUUUCUGGUUGUAAAUUGAACAUCACUCUGCAGGAAGCAACAAGCUUUGAAACAACGGAGCUAAAUGACUUUGCCGCUUUUGAAGCUCAGGUUACUAAAAUUCAGCACUUUGUCUGUGUGGAAACGGAUGCUUUAGGCUCCUGUGAGAAGGGCUGCUGUGUGGGAUCCACGAGCACAGCUCGUGAUGGCCCAAAGAGCAGCGAUUUGGUGGCUGUGUUUGCAUCAGUGAAUCUCGACCUCCUAGCCAUGCUGAUCUGUGGAAUAGCAGACUGGCGAAUGCUCUGGACAUCAGAUGAGCGCUUCCUCAGUCAGUUUCCUGGAGGAGAGUUAAGGGUUUUCAAGAGUUUUUCUCUCUAUCCCCCUUCCUACGUGCAUGAUGUCAGCUUUUGGGUUCCUGAUGGGGAGCAGUUCGAUGAAGUUGCUUUUCAUACUAUUGCCAGGCAGGUGUCACGUGAAACAGUUGUAUCCAUCCAGUUAAUUGAUAGUUUCCAGCAGUCAGAGACUGGACGGAAGAGCCUCUGCUACAGACUGACCUAUCAGUCCUGUGACAAGGCACUGAGCUGCCAGGAGGUGGCAGAGAUGCAGCUGCUUUUUCGGGAGGAAAUACGGCAGUGCUUGCGCGUGACUCUUCGGUAGACCAUUGUAGACUGUCUUUAGCCUUUUCAGCACCACCUAUGAUUGUUGCUGUCCUGGAAAGUGUGGACUGCAUCGUGUUAAACCUAACACUGUGUGUUGUUGCAAUGCCUUUUGUAAAGGUGCUGUGGACCUAACUGAUGCAUCUGCAUGCGUUUUAAAUAUGAAAAUUCCCGUUGAAGGUAACAAAGACCAUGUGCCUUCCUAUUUUCUGUGUCUGUAAUGCAAUGUUUUUAAGUGGAAGCUUGCUUUAUGAGGUUCCUGUAAUAGCUAUGAAACUGGAAUUCCUCUACUUACUGAUGCCAAUUCACUCUUCCUAGUGCUGCUUAUGUUCACCCAGCCCCUUGCAGUGAUGGCUACUGUAUCAAGUGUGCUGAACCUGAGCUUUGUGACUAGUUCAAAAAGGUUGUGUGGAGUCUGAGCACUAAACAUCCCAUGGAGCAGGUGCUUAGUUCCUGUCAGUGCUCACUAUUUGCGAGGUCUGCCCUGUGCAGCUCUUUCCAGGAGAAGGAAGGCCAGCGUGGGGAUAAGCCCCAUACGACUAUCUCAAUUCACUGGGUAGGUUAUUAGAUAGUAGUUAUUUCAUUAAUAGCUAAUAUAGACAGUAAUUACGAAUGAUAAUUCUGUGAUUAGAUUCCAAUAGAUACUAACAUUUUAAAAACUGUACUAUGAGG